GGAAUCUGUGGCUGGAAUCCAGCAGCUACUUGGUGGAGCUCGUCCGGGUAGAACCGGUCCAGGGAUUGGGGGUUCGUUGAUUAGGGCGGCGCCAUGGCGCUGUUCCGGAAGUUCUUCUUCAAGAAGCCGCCCGACGGGGUGCUCCUCAUCACCGACAACAUUUACGUUUUCGAUCAUUGCUUCUCCCUGGAAGCACCGGAAGAGGACCGGUUCGAGGCACACACCAGAGGCAUUGCAACACAUCUUCUGGAAGAUUUUCAAGAUCACUCAUUCAUGGUCACGAAUUUCGGGACUCGGACGGAGGAAAGCCAUAUAUACCGCAUUUUAUCCGAGUAUGGUAUGACUGUUUUGGACUACCCAGGCCACUACGAGGGGUGUCCACUCCUCACAAUGGAAAUGGUCCACUGCAUCUUGAAGUCCAGCGAAAGUUGGCUUUCUCUGGGUCAGCAUAACUUGCUGAUAAUGCACUGUGAACAAGGGUGCUGGCCUAUUCUUGCCUUCAUGCUAGCCGCUCUUCUGUUGUACCUGGGGCAUUAUUCGGAUGAGCACAAGACACUGGAGAUGCUCUACAAACAAUCAUCUUUGCAGCUCCUGGAGAUGUUUUCACCUCUAAAUCCAAUGCCUUCUCAAAUGAGAUACUUGCGGUAUAUUUCGAUGAGGAAUGUCAUGCCUGAGUGGCCUCCAGCUGAUAGAGCUCUGACAUUGGAUUGUUUGAUUUUGAGGAUGAUUCCAGAUUUCCAUAGUCAAGGUGGGUUCUGUCCGAUAUUAAGGAUAUAUGGCCCAGAUCCACUAAUGCCCCAUGAUCAAUCUCCUAAAGUUCUUUUUUCAACUCCAAAAAGUAGUAACCUCGUCCGUUUUAAUUCACAGGCAGAUGAACUGGUGAAAAUAAACCUUCAAUGUCAUGUCCAAGGUGAUGUUGUCUUAGAGUGUAGCAACAUGUAUGAGGACGUGGAUCGUGAGGAGAUGGUGUUCCGGAUCAUGUUCAAUACAGCUUUCAUCAGGUCAAACAUUUUGAUGCUUAAUCGUGAUGAGAUAGACAUGCUAUGGAAUGCAAAAGAUGAAUUUCCCAAAGACUUCCGAGCCGAGGUUAUCUUUUCUGACAUGGAUGCAACUACUUCGCUUGUUACGACAGAGCCUGUGAGUCAUCAAGAGAAACAAGGACUUGGUAUUGAAGAGUUUGCUAAAGUUCUAGAUAUCUUCAACCAUUUGGAUUGGGUAGAUGUGGAGAUGGAUAUGGAACUGGACUCACCACCGAAAAGGGUCCCAGUCACUUCCCAAGGAAAUAUUGAUGCAUAUCCUGCUGAUGAUCCCGAGACUUUCUUUGAUAGUCAAGAAGAACUUAGCUUUGAUAAUUUAUCUGGUGAAAUCAACUCUUCUGCCCGUGUGCUGAAGCUUCAAAAUCACUUUGCUACGCUUGGUAGCACUGAGCGUAAACAAGCCCCCCUACAUUCAAGUCUAAAGGAAGUUCCAUUGGAACCGCAUACAGUAGCACCAUCUAAGGUUAUGAUACCAAAGGCUAGUGCUUCAUCAAUAGCACCGUCUUCUGGUACAGUUAUACCCGAACCUGCACCUUCACCAGGUCAGCCACGGCGAUUGACAUCUGAUUCUGCAGUGCAACUUUCAUCCAAUGCAUCAGAUGAGAAGUCUAGUUUACAAACUCCAAUAGAGCUUGAACCUUCACCUGUUAUGGUAAAUAAAUUAGGAUCAACAGCAUCCCUUAUACCAUUGUGCACGCCUCCUCCUCUUCCUCCCCGACCACCCACCGUUACAUUAGCUCCUGUUUCCUCUACUGUACCCAUAGAUACUAGUACAGGUAUGAUCAGUGUUUCCCUUAGGUCAACCAUGCCUUCCCGUUCACCUCCUCCAGAGCCAUCAGUCUCUCCACAAGUUUCUGCAACAACUGAAGAACCGGUUAAAUCCCAAGAGUCUUACGAAAUUCUUAAUUUACAGCCUGAUAGUUCUACAGCUUCCAGUGUCACCGCAUUGCCAGCAGUUUCUUCAAUUUCUGUAGUAAGGAAAUCUAGCAACAAAAGAGCAUCUUUACAUCUGGCUUUGCCUGACUCAAGGCCUUCAGUAACUCCAGUUACACUAUCAGAUCCUACUCCAGCACCACCGCCGCCACCACCUCCUCCGCCUCCUCCUCCUCUAAAAGCGGCCAGUGUGUUGUUUCCUUUGUCACAAAAUGAACAAGUGACACGCAGGAAAGAAAAGGUUGCACCACCUCCGCCAACUCCACCACCUCUUCCACCAGCGUCGUUUUCAAAUUCAAUUUCUUCCAUACCAAAGAAAGCUCGGUCUCCACCGCCACCGCCACCACCCCCGCCACCGCCCCCCUCAUUGGUAACAUCAUUUUCUUCUCCACACGCACCACCGCCACCGCCUCCACCUCCUCCACUACCUAAUAGCCAUGUAGUUUCAUCAUCUCAACUGCACUUCACAACAUCUAAAUAUGCAGUUCCUAUAACUUCGGCCCUCAACUCUUCACAAACCAUUCCAGGGCUGCAAAGAUCACCCAUUCCACCCCCACCACCUCCUCCUCCUCCUCCUCCUCCUCCAUCUCAAAGUAGCUCUUUGGUUUCUUCAUUUCCAUCCACAGUUAAUAGACAUCCCAUGGCAGCCCCUCAUCCUCCACCACCUCCCCCACCUCCCCCACCAAUGCGUACCAGUACCACGCCAUCUCAUGUUUCUGCGCCACCUGUACCACCAUUACGCAUGGUAGUUCCUCGUCCUCCCCCACCUCCCCCACCAUUGCGUACCAUGUCAUCUCAAGUAUCAACACCACCUGUACCCCCAUUACCUCCUCCGAAGCUAAGUGGCAACAAUAUUGCUUCACAAAAGCCAUCAACAACACGACUGCCACCACCUCCACCAGGCCCACCUCCUAAGAAUUUCUCCAACUCUUUGCCAAGCAAGGGAAGUGUUCUCAGUUCUGCCCCUCCACCACCUCCUACAUUAUCAUUUGGUGCAAAGGGCCGCAGCACAGUCCGGUCAAGAAGUCCUAGAAGUUUACGUGCCAACCAGCCAUCUAAGAGGACACCACUGAAGCCAUUGCACUGGGUAAAAGUGUCAAGGGCAACACAAGGAAGCUUAUGGGCAGAUACACAGAAGUCUGAUGAAGAAUCUAGGACUCCGGAGAUUGAUCUGUCUGAGCUUGAAAGUCUUUUCUCGGUAUCCAUGCCAAAUACGGAGGCAAAGCGGACACGCGAACGUCCUUCCGUUGCAGCAAAACAAGAAAAAGUUCAUUUGAUUGACCUUCAGCGCUCAAAAAAUUGUGAGAUUAUGCUGCGAAACAUCAAGAUGCCACUGCCUGAUCUGAUGGGGUCAGUGCUUACUCUGGAUGAUUCCAGCGUGGAUGGUGAUCAAGUAGAUUAUCUGAUAAAGUUCUGUCCAACCAAGGAAGAAAUGGAACUACUCAAAGGAUAUACAGGCAGCAGUGAGAACCUAGGAAAAUGUGAACAGUUCUUCUUGGAAAUGAUGAAAGUGCCAAGGGUGGAGUCUAAACUGAGAAUUUUAUCUUUUAAGAUAAAGUUUCUUACACAGGUUGCAGAUCUGAAAAAUAGCUUGAAUACCAUCAAUGCUGUCGCGGAAGAGGUUAGGAACUCUGUCAAGCUUAAGCGAGUGAUGCAAACAAUUCUUUCUUUGGGGAAUGCAUUGAACCAAGGAACUGCAAGGGGUUCGGCUGUUGGAUUUAGAUUGGAUAGUCUUCUUAAGCUCAUUGAUAUACGGGCACGUAACAACAAGAUGACUCUCAUGCAUUAUUUAUGCAAGGUUCUUUCCGGGAAGCUUCCUGAAGUUCUUGAUUUUGUCAAGGAUCUCGCGCAUUUAGAACCUGCCUCAAAGAUCCAAUUAAAAGAGUUGGCAGAAGAAAUGCAAGCAAUAACUAAGGGACUGGAAAAAGUUGAGCAGGAAUUGGCAACGUCUGAAAAAGAUGGUCCAGGGUCUGAAACGUUUUAUAAGAAAUUGAAGGAAUUUCUUGCUGAUGCCCAAGCUGAAGGGAGGUCAUUAGCUUUGCUUUACAGUUCAGCGGGAAAAAGUGCAGAUUCUCUAGCACAUUAUUUUGGUGAAGAUCCUGUGCGGUGUCCAUUUGAGCAAGUUGUCUCUACUCUACUCAGCUUCGUGAAAACAUUCGAACGGGCGCAUGCCGAGAACCUCAAGCAGGCGGAGCAGGAGAAGAAGAGAGCCCAGAUGGAAGCAGAAAGAGAAAAGGCGAAGGCAGGAGGUGCGCAUAAGCAGGCCGGGUCACCGGAGCCAGGAGUCUCGGACCGAACUCCAGACCCGUAUCCGGAGCGGCUGACGCACACAAUACAAGGGAACGCCGUCCCGAUCGGACGGCUGGUAACGCAGCCGCGGCCGAUAUAUACCUCCCGCACGCCAAUGGCGUCCGCCGCAUCCACCUCCGCCUCCACCGCCGUCGCCGCCGCCUCCCGCCUGCUCCUCCGCCGCGCGCCGCACCUCCUGCGCCGCCUCCCGCGCGCGCCCCCCGCGGCACUCUCGUCUCGCUCAUCCCCCUCGUCGUCGUUCGGCGCCGCUGCUGCGCUCCGCCGCCCGCUCGGGCACCGCGCCAGGAUGGGCCACACUUCCGCCGCCGCUUCCUCUUCCGUGCCCGCGCUCGGGCUCACCAAGGCCAACGCCGUCGAGCUGCCCCAGGUCACCUUCACCGGCAAAGACACCGACUUCUCCGCCUGGACGGGCGACAUCCUGGCCGUCGCGGUCACGGAGAAGGAUCUGACCAAAGGGCCGGACUCCAAGUUCGAGAACGCCGUGCUGAGGAAGCUGGACGAGCAGCUGGGCGGCCUCCUGUCUGAGGCCUCGGCCGAGGAGGACUUCACGGGUAAAUCCGGGCAGUCGGUGGUGCUCCGCCUCUCCGGGCAGGGGUUCAAGAGGCUGGGCCUGAUCGGGCUCGGCCAGACCGCCCCGUCCACCGCCCUGGCCUGCCGGGCCAUCGGUGAGUCCGUCGCUUCCCUCGCCAAGUCUGCCCAGGCUGCCAGCGUCGCUGUCGUCCUUGCUGGGAUCCAGGAGGAGUUCAAGCUGAAUGCCGCCGCGUCCAUCGCUUCCGGAACCGUCCUUGGAUUGCACGAGGACAGCAGAUUCAAGGCUGAGGCGAAGAAGGUGCAUCUUAAGCAGGUAGAUCUUAUUGGACUGGGUUCCGGUCCGGAGGUGGACCAGAAACUCAAGUACGCCAAUGAUCUUUGCUCGGGCGUGAUUUUCGGGAAAGAGCUUGUCAACGCACCUGCAAACGUCCUCACCCCUGCUGUGCUUGCGGAGGAGGCGGCAAAGAUUGCCUCUACAUACAGCGAUGUAUUCACUGCCACCAUACUGGAUGAGGAGAAAUGCCAAGAGCUGAAGAUGGGCUCCUACUUGGGAGUUGCUGCAGCUUCUGCAAACCCUCCUCGCUUUAUCCACUUGUGCUACAAACCUGUUGGUGGCAAUGUCAAGAGAAAGCUGGCUAUUGUUGGGAAGGGUCUAACUUUUGACAGUGGCGGCUACAACAUCAAGACUGGACCAGGCUGCAGUAUUGAACUGAUGAAGUUUGACAUGGGAGGCUCCGCUGCAGUAUUUGGUGCGGCAAAAGCUUUGGCCCAGAUCAAGCCUCCUGGAGUAGAGGUUCAUUUUAUUGUUGCUGCCUGUGAAAAUAUGAUUAGUGGGACAGGAAUGAGGCCUGGUGACAUUUUGACCGCAUCUAACGGAAAAACAAUCGAGGUAAAUAACACUGAUGCGGAAGGAAGGCUUACACUUGCUGAUGCUUUGGUCUAUGCUUGUAAUCAAGGUGUUGACAAGGUCGUUGAUCUGGCAACACUAACCGGUGCCUGUGUUGUUGCACUUGGGCCUAGCAUUGCUGGAAUCUUCACACCGAGUGAUGAACUAGCCAAGGAAAUCACUGCUGCAUCUGAGAUAUCAGGGGAGAAGUUCUGGAGAUUGCCAAUGGAAGAGAGCUACUGGGAAGGGAUGAAGUCCGGUGUGGCUGACAUGGUCAACACCGGCGGCCGACAGGGUGGUUCUAUCACCGCUGCCCUCUUCCUGAAACAGUUUGUUGACGAGAAGGUCCAGUGGAUGCACAUCGACAUGGCGGGGCCCGUGUGGAGCGACAAGAAGAAGACAGGCACUGGAUUCGGCGUGUCCACCUUGGUGGAGUGGGUUGUCAAGAACUCGUCCUGAAUCAACAUUUCCCCUGAUUUCCAUUGGUGGUGACACCACACAGAGGAGAAGAAAACUGAGCAGCGUUCAUCCAAAUACCAGGGAAAUGAUUUUAGUGGCUUCUGGCAUGUGAAGUGGAGCGAUAGAAUAAGGAAAGGAUAAUGGUGGGAAAUAAAACAGCAUGUCGUUGAACACACUUUUGUCAGACUAAUUGGUGCCGUGUCGUUUCCAUAUUCUGCCCAUUACUCA